AUGCCUUCUAACACGGCGUUGUCAUCAAUCAUAGCAUGGAAGUGCCCGCAAUGCACCAUCAGGACGCUCUCGACCUCCUCGCGGCAACUGGCAGUCGGACCAGAGCACCCACGCUACAUCACGAUCCCUGAGCCACCACAACAGACGCUGCCAUAUCCUCCUCGGCAGAAGGGUGUGUUACCAGUCCCACGCAAUGUAUUCUCAGGCACGAGUCGAGACCAGUCCACCGACGAGGCCAUUGCGGAUGCUACCAAGCGCCCACUAAAGGAGAGGACGCCGGCGAGGGGCAGUCGCGAGGAGUGGAAGGCGAAGAUGAGCGAAGUGCGGCGGCAGAAUCUGCGCGAGGGACUGAAGAGUCUGCGUAGUCGGCAACAGACGACUCAACAGCAGGAACGGGCACGGUCCAAUGCGAAGAUGCRGGAGCGGGAGGAGUUGUUGGCGAGACCAGAAAGGGAGGACGAGCGUUUGACGGCGCCCAGCAAUAACCUGGAUCUGCAAGCUCUACUUCAUGGCCAAGUGCCCGACCCUACCAGACGACAGCGGCUGGCUGCGAAGCGGAUCAACCUCCAAAACAAGACGUCGGAGAAGCAGCAGGAGCGGAUGGAUGCCCUUCACUCAUUGUAUAUGAAUGCUCGCACCUUCAUCGUCACUCCACAGCAGCUCGAUAAAGCUGUUGACGAAGCAUUUGGUUCGGUUGAGAAGCCCAGGGUUUUCGGCUCCAGCUACAACUCUAUCGACACUAUGCCUGUACAGAAAUCCAUCUGGGCAGAGGGCAGACCCGAGCGUGUGCAGGAUAUGCUCAACAGGGCCAACAACCAACGGCCGAGGGCUGCCAUCGAAAGCGCCGGUGGCAAUACUGAGAUCAACAAGGAGCGAAUCAAGAGAAUUGCCGAGACACUCACUGGUGGCAAGAUGGAUGACGAGGCGAGGCGGUGA